AUGGAUGUGGAAAUGGUGAACGGUUCCUCGCAGGAGAUACCUUCUCCUCUUGAAAAAAUGGACCUGAUUAAGACUGUGAGAGGUCUUGACCAAAGUGGCCCUGGAGAGGAUGGAAAGAAUCUCGAAAAGCUUUGGAAACAUUUGACUGUAUCAGCAGAUGGUCAGUUUCAUGCUGCCGAAGAGAGCAGUCUGCGAUGGCUGCUAAAGUCGAUGAACGGCUCAUCAAAGGAUGCGGAAACUUUGCGACGCUGGCCCUUGACCUGGACAAUACUCGAAUGCGUCUUCCAGCGCAUCCCCUUGUUCUCACUCGCCAAGUCGCUUGCGGAUAGACGGUUCGUCGCCGUCUUGCAACAGACUCUGAAAGAUAUCUCCCAGCCAACAGAAACAUCAUCAACCCGGUCCAAGAGGAAGAGGUCUAUAACAAAAAGUUUCGAUUUAGAUGCUCUUCGAGAUACUGAAGGAUGCUUGAUGGCUGGCGAUGCUCUAUUCAGUGCUUUGAAGAGGCUUUUGGACCGUCUCGAUUCUUCUGUCACACAAUCAUCCCACGACAAGAUUGGCGCCGAACAUAUCCGAUCUCUUUUCUGUACUUCAGCAGCUGAUGCAGCGAUCUUAACGUCACUAUCUUUACAGCUAUGCGAUAUUGCGCUCACCAGCGGAGAGGAGCAAGAGGGCUGCGAAUCAUGGAUCGAGACGAUAACAUCCAUCUGGAAUUUACAUCUGCAAGGAAAUGACGAUGUGUUAGAGGUCGCUGCACACCUGUUCCCUCCAGCUGCGGCCAUCAUUGGCACACUAGAGGGUAUCUCCGGAUCACAAGAGACUGCGAAACCCGAACCACUACGAACGAGAUGGACGAACGAUUUGGAAAAGCUCAUGCAUCGCAACUUUAUACUCCCCGCCCGAGCCGCCUAUAUCAACCGACAAGAUUUGGAAUCUGUUACAAGAGCGCUUCAUGCAGCCGACAAGAACAUCGAUGUGGCGGCCCCUGCGCUGUACUUUAUGGCGUCAAGUGUGACUGAUGCUUUGGGCGAGGGAAGAUUACGAAAAGGAAAUAUCGAUUGGAUGAAGCAGAUUUUCAAGGCCGUGGAGGGUUCAUUACGAAGUCGCGAAAACCGAAACAAGCUUGUGCAAGUUGUUCUGGAACGAGCGGCCCAGAAGUCGAUGUCUAUCGAAACAGACGACCUGCGCUCAGUCUGCCAAGAGUAUGCUUUGCAGGAGGAGAACACGAACUGGUACUUGACCGCGGUCAUUGCUAGCUGUGACGCUGAUAUAUUCCUCGAGCGCUUCGAAGAAGGCGCACGCUUGUUGAAUAUUGUCUGUGAACGAAGUACUUCACCAGAGCUUAGCCAAGACGAUUUCGUCCCAGUCACAAAAAUCAUCCAGGCCAUCUCACAAACAUUCCGUACAGGCCGAGACUUUGCUGGUUUCUUGAAGCUGUGGUAUCAACAACUUUGCAAGGUUGAGAAGCAGAAAGGAAAGACUAGCUCCCCGUGGCUUCAGGUUGGCAACGCGCAACACGGGAAGGAUUCAUUUGCGAGUUUGAUUGAGAAGGAAAUGUCAACGCAACAGCUGCUUGAAGUUUUGGACUGGGUCAAGGAAGAGAAGUUGCAUUCUCGAGCGCUCUGCCUCUUCCUGGACUCUAUUGCUCAAGGGAUUCGGAGUGAGGCUUAUGUGGACGCUGUUGGCAGCAAGCUCUUUGACUUGGUGAGCCAGGUCAAGAAAUCAUCAUCCACAUUGACAUCCCUAAAAUGGGGAGUUGUGUCAAAGACCCUUUCCUGGAGCACUGCUGAGUCCAGAACUGAAAUCUGGAGCUCUGUGCAAGGACAAGUCGCCAAGGUUCUGUCUGAGGAGCCUGUUGAGUCGAGGGAAACCUACGAGGCUUUCAAGUGCUGUUGUCAGGCUUGGGUCUCCAUGAGCCCCGAUGACGCGCAUUUCGAAGAGCCUGCAGGCCUAGUGGAUGCUUUUACCACUCGUCUUUCAUCAGAACUGCUCUCAUCGAACUCCCUGAAGGGCAAAGAUUUGUCCUCGAUUAUAGAACAAGACCCUGCCCCGGCAUUCCUUGAGGAAGCUGCUGCGCAACAUUACCUAGCUUGGUUCUUGCGCGGCUCAGGUCGUCUAAGUCGAUUCGUCUAUGGCGCAAAAGCUACCCUCCCUCAGGCAUUGCAAAGUGCACUAUCGCUGCCCAAUAGUGAGAUUACGCAGCUGAGAGGUAUCUGGGCGUGCCUUCUUGAAAACGAGAAUAACGUCAACAGUACCAAAGUCGUUGGUGAGCUUAUCGAUCAAUUGGUCAAAUCGCUGGAGGAGGACGGAAAGGAGAAACGUUGGCCUGAGGAGGGUAGCCAAACUUGGAUCCGGACUUUGAGCAGUGUUCAUACCGAUGCUUUCUCUCGAUCUCAGCGAGAGCGCACCAUGGUUCUCCUUAACGCACACCGAGGAAAGACGACAAAGCGAGUCUCUAUCGAGGGCUGGAGGUACAUCCUUGCGUUGUCUACCAAGUUGAUGGGCAGGGCGACAUUUUACGAGGGAAUGGAGUUUUCCCAUCUUGUAGAUGUUGCUGAUGCCAUGUCAGAUCUCUCAAGCUCAACGCCAACACGAGACGGCACUUUGGCUGACCUGAUCAAAGCUUACUAUGAGAUGGCAGCGGCAACUAUCCGGCAAAUGACUGAGCAUGUCGGCGAGCGAAGUAUCAAGUACUUGAACCAAAGCCGCAGCUUCGCCUCUGAUUGUGAGGAUGCUGGGGAUUUAUCACCCUUCCGUAUGACGCUGUUGAAGGCAUUGAUCACAGAGGUCUCGAAUUCACCAAACUGCACCAGCCACCCUGAAUUGGUUUCUUUGCCAGACAGCGCAAAAGAUGUGCUAGGAAAGUGCGUUAUUGCUGCGACAGGCUACUUCUUGACGGAGAAGAAGGCAUACGAAAGUCACAAUGUCAUGGCUGACCUUCGACUUUUCGCUGCCGUCGAUGCUGCUGAGUCACUGGAAAGUCUUUCUGGAGCCUCCAAGUUGAAGCAGUCUGAUGUGCGAAAAGCCGAGAAGCGAAGCCACGCGGCCAUGGCGUCGGGAGAUUUGCGCGGAUGGAAGAUGCAGACGUUCCUCAGAACAUACUUUUCGUCACUGUUGGAAGAGUCCAGACCAACAACGUUUUACACCAUUAGUGAGGUGCCAAAGAAGCUUCAGGAUCCUUUCUUCCAAAGCAACGUCGCUUCAGUUACAAAAGGAAUGGAUACCCUUGCCAAGAUGGAAUAUCUUAGAGACUUGAUUCAAGUGUUUGUGCAAGGUUCAGAGACGGAUGGUCAAGUAUCGGCCAUCCAUACUGUCGUGAACCAGCUUCUGGCCUGCCCCGAAUUGCAAGGCAAAGGAUCAAGGUUUGGCUUGGCCACUGCUCACAGCGAACUGACAUCGACUCUUUUAACACUCAAGAGCCAAUCAGUUUGUAUCGUAGUGUGCCGAGUUCUCUGUGCACUCCUCGAGAAGAAGCCACAAUCCAUGAGUCAAUGGAACAUCGAGUUCGUUCUUAAUACUGUCUCGGACCUAAGCCUGUCAGCAAAACCACUUGAUGAGCAAUUCCCCAACGAACGAGUGCCGUUCACACGUCUUUGCGACCUAGUCGAAGUUAUCAUCAAGAAGCACCGUCUCCGACUCGAGGGCCAUCACCACCUUCUCCUGUCGACGAUGCAGGCUCUCCUCCGCAACCUCGUUAUCAACCAUAAAGCCACCGAUGCCCUAGGCCAAACUCUUCACGAGACCAAGGCCCAUCGUUAUGCUCGCCUUGUUACGUUGAUUUGUGAGCCAACAGCUGGAGCCGUGUCUCGGUCUCAGCACCAGAGUGCUCUUGAUUCGGCGACCGAUGCAGCAAAACGUUCAGCUGGACGGCAUAUGUAUCUGGUCAUGAUGGAGUAUGUCAAGUUACAGCUUGAGGCUGAUGUACCACGCCGUGUGAGAGAAGCUCUUGAGCCAGCGAUGAAUUCCAUCUUUGAUAUUACUCCCCCUGAGGUGAGGAAGAUUCUAAACGACGCUAUGGACAAAAGUGGACGUGCCAUUUUGAGGGAGACAUUCAAGAAUUACACCAAGUUCGGUAAAUGGAGUGGCGUAUAG